AUGAACAAAUAUCUGCAAUAUUUAUUAACCACGGGGAGUUCAGAGCGAGGCUAUGAUCCCUACAAUCCGGAGCUUCCGAGGCCCUCGCUGGAGGCGGAGGAUGGCGCGCUGGCUGACGUGACAGAUGUGACGCCCGGUAUUCUGGAGCUGGAGCUGGUCAACAAGGCCAUCGAGGCCGUCAAAAACGAAGUCGAGAGAGAGCAGAAAAAGUAUGAGGAGCUGCUAGAAACGACAAAGGAGUUGGGUGCUUCAGAGGCCUCCUCACUCAUUUCAAAUACUCCCGUGUCGGCCGCUGGGACGCAAAAUGAUUCGUUUACCUCCUUAGAGUACAACCCAGGUAGCUACAAUUUUAAUAAUAACUCGGACUACAACCCCACUCCUCUCGCUGCUGCUGGCCGGUCAAGUAAAUACACUUUGGAUGCUUCCCGAUCUAAAGGCAGCUCCCUGGAAUACGUUCCCAAGGCCGUGGUACAGAAUAAAAAAUACUGUAGCACUGUCACUAACAACAAAUAUGUGAUCGAUGACUCUAAGCCUUCGACAGACUUGGAAUAUGACCCGCUUUCAAAUUACUCAGCCAGGCUUUUGAGCAAAGCCACGAGCAAGGAGCCCAAGGGGUCUAAAAGGGGGAGGCUGUGUAGUUACGAGGAAUCGUACUCUCCUUCACGGAAGAAGCUCUGUGAGGUACCCGAUGAGUAUGAAGUGUGUGCCAGGUUCUCUUCCUCUGAAGAUGAGGCUGAUGUGGAAUAUAAGCCGAUGUCAGUCAGUUCACAGUCGAAAGCUGGUUCUGAAAGCGAGUCGAACGACGGGUUGUCCGGCAAAGAGCAGAGCACCGCACCGGAUGGUUUCGCUUCCCAGGAUAGCAAAGAAGCGGCAGCGCAAUACGGCACGGAAAACCUUCCAAGUUCACAGAAAAACCUUGCCAAAAACUUAUCAGACAAGAAUGCAAAAGCGGUGAAAUUGUGUUCUGGUAAGAGCGACCAGGAAAUAGAAAAUAAAAACAAGGACUCGAAAGACAAAACAAAAAGGAAGAAAUCAGAUGUUAGUAAAACAUCUGGCCUCGGUGACCUUGGUAAGAAGGAGAAAAGUAAAAAUGCAGAAAAAGACAAAGUGCUCAAGAGAGAUGAAAAAUUAAAAACCAAGAGUGAAGAGAAAAACUGCAAAGAUAAAAGUGUCAAAGUGAAAACCGAUGGGCAUUUAAAGAAACCUGAAAAACACAAAUCAGAAAAAGUGGAUGGGCUUAAGAAAGAAAAAUCCAAGUCCGGCAGCAGCAGUAGUUCAGGGAAAAGCAAGAGUGAGGGUGUUGUCAAAGGCUCUAGCGCAGAGAAGCUGGGGAGCAGCAAGAAAGACUCCAAGCUGAAAGCAGCUGAUGUGAAAAAUGGUAAGGAAAGCUCUGGUCGCAAAAGCAAAGAGAAAGGGACUAAGACUCCAGCGCUGGAGCGAAAGAAAGAGAAGGUCAGUCCUACAGGGAAAGGAGACCCCAAGAAGGGUCGGAGGCAGCAGGGCUUGAGUCACGUUGACCUGUUUGGCGACGAGAGCGGCGAUGACGAUGACAAAGGCCGGCCCUUACCCACCACGUUAGUUGAUGUGAGCUCGGAUUCGGAUGGUGACGACCGCGUUUCAGACUCUGAGAGUGAAAACGAAGGGACAAAGAAAGCGAAGCGCUCUAAAUUGUCAAAGUCGCCGUCGUCUUCCUCAACGUCUGACGACAUUGAUUAUUCCAUCCUUGAGAAAGACUUGGACUUCGAGUCAGAUCCGAUGGAAGAGUGUCUCAGGAUUUUUAACGAAUCUACGGACGUGAAAACGGAAGACAAGGGAAGGCUGGGGAAACAGCUAUCCAAAGAGGAAGGAAGUGAAGAAAAGGCAGAAGAUAAUUUAACUACCUUGUUUCCUGGCCAAAAAAGAAGGAUCUCUCAUCUUGUCAAGCAAGGAAAUGCGGAGGUCCCGAGCAAGCCCGUAAUCCGGCCGUACCGUCCCCCCACCGCGCAGGAGGUCUGUUACCAGAGGAUCCAGCUGGCUCAGCAGCAGGCGGCACAGCUGGCUGUGGCCGUUCAAAAGGCCUCUCUUUCUUUGCCAGGAGAAAAGAAGAGGAUUGCUCACGUGCCAAAUGUAGCCCUUUCCGCAGCAGCCAAGCAAAGCCUCGGGAGUAGCAAGACGACUGUCGCUGGCAGGAGCGUCGCACCUUCCAAUGACUCUGAAGCACCCACCCCUUCUCUGAAGGCUUGCACCUUAGCUGGGAUGGCUUCAAAGACCACCAGCACCAUCGUGCCGAAAAGGAUAGCGCACGUUCCCUCCUUACAGAGCGCCAGCUUACAGAGGCCUGUUAUUCCCACAGAAUUUGGUGCUAAAGUCCCAACAAACAUUCGUCAAAGAUAUCUCAAUCUCUUCAUCGAUGAGUGCCUGAAAUUCUGCUCCUCCUCCCAGGAAGCGUUUGACAAGGCUCUGUCAGAAGAGAAGGUGGCUUAUGAACGUAGCACCAGUCGCAACAUCUACCUGAACGUGGCAGUGAACACCUUAAAGAAGCUCCGAAGCCUAGUGCCCAAUUCCCCGACCAGUACGAACAAGACAAACAACAAGAAAGUGGUGUCCCACGAAGCUGUGCUGGGAGGGAAGCUUGCUGCUAAGACAAGCUUUACGCUAAACCGGUCAGGGAGCUUGAGAGCAGAGGAUUUGACAG